GUUUGCUAUAAAUAAGUUCUGGAACGCCGCCGCUCGUCACUCCUCCCUUUCAAAGACGAAACUACCGCGGAACGCUUAUCAGUUUUUGAAUCUUCUAGGCUUUUAAACUAAAGCAAAGAUGCAGAACGAGGAGGGGCAAAAUAUGGACCUUUACAUUCCUAGGAAAUGUUCUGCAACAAAUAGGUUAAUUACAGCCAAGGACCAUGCAUCUGUUCAGAUUAAUAUUGGACACUUGGAUGAGAAUGGCAUCUAUACUGGGCAAUUUACUACUUUUGCCCUUUGUGGUUUUGUCAGGGCCCAGGGAGACGCUGACAGUGCACUGGAUCGCCUUUGGCAAAAGAAGAAAGCUGAAAUUCGACAGUAAUGGAUGAGGUCUGAGGUUCAUCACCUCGCUAUGCAAUUGGAUAAAAGCUCCUGUUUUAUUUCUAGAUAACUUUUUGAGUCAUUUUAUAAGGGGUGUUGUUGGUGAGUGUUGGGGGUACUCUGCUAACUGAUAGUUGAUGGGAUGUGUUUAUGUUCUUUAUGGUUCUUGUAUGGAUCAUUCUGAGAUCUGGUUUUAAUGUGAGAUGUUAAUUUUUAUAUAUGAUUAAUGAAGACUGGUUUGGCUUUUGUGUUUGCAA